CCUCCAUGUCCAAUAAUUUAUAUUUGAUCUUUUUGUUAAUGGAGACAUAAUUUCCAGUGAGAUUUAUUCGUUGCAAUGAUUUUUUUUUACAGUACAUCAAGUUGUUUUGCAACAUCCGUUGCCCACUAAUCUAUGGUCCGAUUUUCCGAUUCUGAGAAAAAAGAAAUUUGUGAUAAGAUAUAGGAUAAGUGAUAGGUUAUCUGAUACUAUCCAUACCCGAUUCUGACUUUAAAGAAAAAUGAUACGGGAAUACCAUGAUCCGAUCGUACCUAACCCAAUUUUGCCCUUGCGAUUUUAAUUAAUAAUUAUUAGGAAGGAUAACUAUGGCUGGUGAUACGUUAACCAUUUCUAACUAAUAGAAGAAGGAAAUAUGUUUUUUAUUACAUAAAACAGGUCACAAAAAUCAACUAUUAGGAGCACUAUAAAAGAGAUCAUGUAAGUAAUGUUUUGUUGGUUUCAACUGAUUAAUUAGGUACUCCUGUGGCCCAUGACAACACCACAGAGCAGCUGAGGAAAUUAACUGAGGCAAACACCAUUGGUGGAUCAAAUCCAAGAACAUCUAGCCACCUGCUAAAUCAUCACAUAUCCAGUUUUUUCCCAGUGACUCCUCUUCCCAACACAAACCAUGGCAGCUUGGCGCCACUGCAACCUCCAAGAAACGAGCAACCGCCAUUGCCGCCCUACGUGAGCUCAGAGAUCACCACCACCGGCAAUCGCCCUGCCGAGAGCUUCUUCCAGCCGCCGCCGCCGCCGCCGCCGCGGCCUCUGGACACCGGCGCCGGCGACAACGACGACAUGGCGGCGGUGGAGCGCGGGCCGCGGUGCGAUCUCCAGACCGUCGACCUGCUCAGCCUGGUCGAGUCCGUGGGGACGCCGGGGUUUCUGGCCAACUCGGCGAGGGUGCUGGGAUCGAUGCACGAGCCUCGCCGUGGUGUCGCCGCCGCCGCGGCGAGCGGCGGCGCUGCGCCGCCGCCUCCUGAACCGAGCUUGGUUCUUGGACUGGGAGACGGCAAUGGCGAUGGGAGAGAGAAGGCGUGGUCGUACUGGAAUAACUCGUCCGCCAUGGCGAGGACCAUGGAGAGGAAGCGGAGGUCGGAGACGGCGACGGCGAUGGCGACGGCGACGCAGGCGAGCCAGGCUCUGCCGGUGAAGACGACGCUGGGCUUGGGAGAGGACGCCAUGAAACGCCGUCCAUGAAGCCGAUGGAUCCAUCCAUGGCGAUCGCGUUGAGCAACAGCAAAAGCAAACCAAGGAGACGGCAAGAGAAUCUUUGGUUGUGCAUGCAAGAACAUUCUUUAAUUUGGUUCUUUUGAUCAUUAAACUUUGCAGAAGUUGAAAUUUUGGCCAUGAUUGCUUAAGACAUUGGCUUCUUCUUUUAAUCUUUAAGCAUUUCAGCAGUUACAAUUUUGUCUUCCCAUGAUUUGCUUAAGACAUUAGCUUCUCCGUGUGGCUCUGUGCAUCCUUGGUUGGUGCAGGUGCCGAGAGUUUUGUUUUAAUUGUUCGAAAACAUUUGCUUCUUUUGUUAUGAAGAAUGUUGGAUUUUGUUUUAUCACUGUGUUUUAUUAUGAAGAAUGUUGGAUUUUGUUUUAUCAUUGUGUGGCACAGCUGUAUUACUAAGUUAGUAUGCUCUCAGUUUCAUCUCUGCUUCUAGCCAUGUUCAUAACUCUGAAAAAUCAGGGUAAUAUUCUCUUAAGCUAAUGGAGGAGGUAGACCAAAUCUGAAAUCCUGCAUUUAUUUUUUUCUCUUCUUCUUUCAUUGCCUGUGAAUAUAUCAUGAAAAAUGUGCUCUUACACAGUGAUUACAGAAACUCCGUAGGAUCUGUUUUUAUCAUCUUCCUUGUGCACGUGGCACAUUUCUUCAGUUUUUCU